AGCUUCUCUAUUCUCUCCUUUGUUCUUCUCUUCUUAUCGUCGUUCUCACUCAUCAAGUCCGCUCCCAUUUCUCACUACAUAAAAGAUCUGCCAGACGUUUUGGCCAUGGAUUCUUCUAAAGCUGGUCCUGUGAAGGAAUUGCCAGUGGGUCUAGAUGAAGAUACUGAAGAAGAAUAUGCUUCCCAGUCUAAACUACUUCAAGAGUUUACUAGCAUCUCCACCAUUGACAAGGCAUGGGUUUUUAAGUCUGAAAGUAUUGCAGGAUUAGGAUCACAGGCAAUGUUUUCAAUUAGCCAACCAAAUCUCUUGGCAAACAAGAAACGAAAGUACAUGUUGUCCUCUAGUAUUUCAAAAGGUAGUAAUAAUAAGGUAAGCUUUCAAUGGUCCCCGUUUCCUGUCGAGAUGACAGGAGUGUCUACGACCGUUCCCUCACCAUCAGGUUCGAAGCUUCUUGUGAUUCGAAAUUCUGAAAAUGAAUCUUCCACACAACUUGAAAUAUGGAGUUCAUCUCAGUUGGAGAAGCAGUUCCAGAUUCCCCAGUCUACUCAUGGCUUGGUGUAUGCUGAUGGAUGGUUUGAGGGAAUCUCUUGGAACUCCGAUGAAUCUCUUAUUGCUUAUGUUGCUGAGGAGCCGUCUCCCUGCAAGCCUUCAUAUGAUUGUCGGGGUUACAAGAAAGGUGCUACAAAAGAUAAAGAAUGCACAAGCUGGAAAGGUCAAGGGGAUUGGGAAGAAGAAUGGGGGGAAUGCUAUGCAGGAAAAAGGCAACCUGCGCUUUUUGUGAUCAAUAUUGACAGUGGCAAGGUACACGCUGUUAAAGGAGUCGAGAAGUCUUUGAGUGUAGGACAGGUGGUUUGGGCUCCAUCAGUAGAAGGCAUAGAUCAAUAUUUAGUUUUUGUGGGGUGGUCAGCUAAUCCGAGAAAGCUGGGUAUAAAAUAUUGCUAUAAUAGGCCCUGUGCAUUAUAUGCGGUGAAGGUGCCACUUUAUAAAUCAGAAGCUGCUGAGUCUGAUCUCAAAUCAUUGGAGGAAUUAACUGUAGUCAACUUAACACAAAGCAUAAGUAGUGCAUUCUUUCCACGAUUCAGCCUGGAUGGAAAUUUCCUAGUGUUUCUAUCUGCAAAAGCCUCAGUGGAUUCUGGAGCACACCUUGCAACUGAUUCUCUUCACCGAAUUGAUUGGCCUACUGAUGGAAAGCUGAGCUCAUCUACAAAGAUCAUUGAUGUGAUUCCUGUUGUGAACAGUGCUGGGGACGGUCAGUUUCCGGGGCUUUACUGUUCAAGUUUUCUUAGUAAGCCGUGGCUUUCUGAUGGAUGCACUAUGGUUUUGUCAUCCUGUUGGCAUAGCUGUCAAGUUAUACUUUCUGUAAAUGUGUUAAGUGGUGAAGUAUUACGUAUCAGCCCUGCUGACUCGGGUUCUUCAUGGAAUGUUCUUACACUAGAUGAGGAUAAUGCCAUUGCUGUGUGUAGCAGCCCGGUCGAUGUUCCUCAAAUCAAAUAUGGCUGCCUUAUGGGCAAAGCGAAUAAUAGAACCGGAUGGCAUUGGCUAAAUGUUUCAAGCCCCAUUUUCAAAUGUUCGGAGAAGGUUAUGUCUCUGCUUUCAAAUCACCAGUUUGGUAUUCUGCAAAUUCCGGUGGAAGAUGUUUCUGAUUGCUUGACAAAAGGAGCUGCUAAGUCUUUUGAGGCCAUAUUUGUAUCUUCCAAAGUAAAUGAUGCACCUGACCCUCUAAUAGUGGUCCUUCAUGGGGGUCCCCAUGAUAUCUCCUUGUCAAGCUUCUCAAAGUCAUUGGCAUUUCUUUCUUCAAUUGGUUUCAGUCUAUUAAUUGUAAAUUAUAGAGGUUCACGAGGAUUUGGCGAGGAGGCAUUGCAAUCUCUUCCUGGGAAAGUCGGGUCUCAGGAUGUCAAUGAUGUACUCACCGCUAUAGAUCAUGUUGUCGAGAAAGGACUUGUCAACCCUUCUAAAAUAACUGCUGUUGGUAUUUCCCAUGGUGGCUUUCUAACCACGCACUUGAUUGGUCAGGCACCAGAAAAGUUUGUCGCUGCUGCUGCAUUGAAUCCAGUAUGUAACCUUUCAUCUAUGGUCGGCAUAACAGAUAUCCCUGAUUGGUGUUACGUAACAGCGUAUGGAACCAAUGGGAAAACUAUCUUUACUGAAGCACCUACGGCCGAACACUUGACUCACUUUUACAGCAAGUCUCCUAUAUCACAUAUCUCGAAGGUUAAAGCUCCAACCCUCUUUCUUUUAGGUGCUCAGGAUCUUCGAGUCCCGGUUUCCAACGGAUUGCAAUAUGCACGGGCAUUAGAGGAGAGAGGAGUUGAGACCAAGGUUAUCCUGUUUCCCAAUGAAAUCCAUGCAAUUAAGAUGCCACAAUUCGACUUCGAAAGCUUUCUUAACAUCGGUGUUUGGUUCAAGAAGCAUUGCAAAUGAAAUGAACAGGUAAGCUCUUGUCUGGCAUGAAACAUGUUCUGGAUUGUCUGAAACUGAACUCCCAGAUUGUUGGCUACUUGGGGUUGGGGGAUGGCCUUUUGUAAUCAAUAAUUUAAUCAUCAUAAUAUUCUUGGUUAAGUCUAUGAUGGUUAAUUUGUCCCUUACAAUACCUUAAAUAAUGUAAAGAUU